AUGAACGGACUAAACCCUCGCCUCUAUAUCAACUUCGUGGAACGUCUACCACCGGAGAUAUGCCUCAAAAUCCUGGGUUAUCUAGACCCUGUGUCGCUAAUCCAUGUUGCGAUGUGCUGCCGGGGCUGGUACGAUUUGGCUUUGGACCGCAAACUUUGGGAGCGACUGUUCUAUUUAGAAGGUUGGAAGGCCAUACCCUCCGAAAUCAUAGCCGCAGAACAGAGGAUGAAUGAAACACAAGUCCCGUCUCAAAAGAUAGAAUCAUUCGAAGACGGCCACGCGAAUAAGAAACGAGCUGUAUCGGAACCAGCAGCACAGGAUGACGAAGACUAUGAUAUGGUCGACGCUGAUGCGGCCGUAACGCAAGAGUCCAUGGUUGACCAGUACAAUAGUUCUUUCCAUAUUCGCCAGCCUGGGGAGAGUGGUUCGUCUGUUCAGAGUAACGCUAGUGUUAUUCAGCAUAUGGGUAGCCUGAUGAUGAAGUCGCCCAGCCCCAUGCAUGAUCAAAGAGGACAGUCCGCUUCCCGAGUAUCGAAAGGCAAAGGCAAAGCCACUAUCGAAUCGCUUAUUGAGACUGCUUCCAGCUUACCUAGCCUACUGAAGUCUACGCUUUGGAUUUAUGAUUCGAUUGAUCGUAGAUACAAAAUCAAUUGGAAGUACCUAUAUACGAUGAGACGAAGGCUGGAACACAAUUGGGAUCGUGGCCGGUAUAAAAACUUCCAAUUACCACAUCCAGAUCACCUAAACGAGGGACAUAAUGAGUGCAUCUACAGCCUCCAAUAUAACCCGGAAUAUCUUGUCAGUGGUAGCCGGGACCGUACACUACGAAUAUGGAACCUACGCACCCGGCGCCUUAUACGACCGCCUCUUAUGGGCCACCAAGGAUCAGUUCUCUGUUUACAGUUCGACUCAGAUCCUGAGGAGGAUCUAAUUGUCUCCGGAAGUAGCGACUCGGAUGUAAUUUUAUGGAAAUUUUCUACAGGCGAAAUCAUCCAGCGACUGAAGAAGGCACAUAGGGAAUCAGUUCUUAAUGUCAAGUUUGACAAACGGAUCCUCGUAACAUGCUCCAAGGACAAGACGAUCAAGAUUUUCAACCGUGUUCCAUUACGACCCGGGGACUUGGGAUAUGGCGGGUCCCAAGGUGUUAGCCCUGUACCAAUAAAUCUUAGAAAUUUUGGUUUCGACGACUCGCCUAUAAAUCAAGCCGCUAUUAAACCACCGUACACAAUGAUCGGAUGUCUUGAGGGGCACGGCGCCGCCGUAAACGCCGUCCAGAUUUGUGAUCGCGAAAUUGUCUCAGCGAGUGGCGACAGACAUAUCAAAGUAUGGGAUUGGCCAAAUCAGACAUGCCAGAGGACUUUUCUUGGGCAUAAUAAGGGUAUUGCCUGUGUCCAGUAUGACGGUCGUCGUAUUGUGAGUGGGAGUAGCGAUAAUGAAGUCAAGGUGUUCGACCGAGAAACGGGUCUCGAAGUUGCGAGCUUGCGGGCGCAUGGCAAUCUUGUCCGUACUGUACAAGCUGGGUUCGGUGAUCUUCCUUAUAGCAUCGAGCAAGAUCGGUUGGAAGCAAAGGCUGUCGAUCAGGCAUAUUUUAAGGCUUUAAAUGAUGGAAAUCUCGAACAGGAGGUCCAAUCGUUGAGGCGUCGACCACAUAACGCGGGUAGUCGCCGACCUGAAGAUAUUACUGCAUACGGGGCUACGCUUCCUCCCGGCGGCGGUGGCGGUCCUUACGGACGAAUAGUUUCCGGUUCUUACGACCAAAGCAUUAUAAUCUGGCGGCGGGAUAGGGAGGGUGUCUGGAAGAGCGCACAUACGCUUCGCCAGGAAGAAGGCGCGACGGCAGCCCUUAGGCAGACACCUCCUCGCUCUACUUCUAGAGCACCUCCUACGUCAUCAACCCUGCCUUCUACUCAUAAUCUACCGGCGCCCUCCGCAAGCGCUCCACCAACGCAAGCACAUCCGAAUUUCACCCACGUCGAGCACCCUAUCCUCGCCACCAUCACCCCUCAAACGACUUCAUCCUACACACAAAUGAUCGAUGCUUGUGUUCCGCAGGGACCAGCAGCCCUCCAACAGGCUUUAGCCUCCUAUCCGACCAUGUUAACCUACCAAUUUCACAUACAAUCAGCCAUUAGUCGUGAACCUAACCCCAUUAUUCGCUCGCAGCUAAGACAAGUUGUUGGCAGUGCUGUAAACAGAGCACAGCUUGCUCAAAGUCGCAUCAGAGAAUCCGUACAGCAAGCCCUUUCAGCAACUACGACCGCCGGGGAGACGUCGACUCAGUCAGCCAGCCAGCAUAACCCAUCCAAUAUUGCUCCAGUGGGGCACGCUACAACAAGCAACGGUGGUGGCCCUCCUCCUAGCCUCACUAGUAUGACCACACCGCACACUCAGCCCCAGCCGCAGACUACAACGUCUCAAGCGCAAGGCCAAGUACAGGGCCAGCAACAGCAGCACCCCCAUAUCCCACAAGCAGAUACAAGUCCCGCCAGAAUUUUCAAAUUACAAUUUGACGCACGGCGGAUAAUUUGCUGUAGUCAGACAAGCACCAUCGUAGGCUGGGACUUUUGCAAUGGGGACCCAGAGCUCGAAGAGGCAUCCACAUUUUUUGGGACUGUAGAGUAG